AUGUGUGGGUGCAGCUCAUUAACAGAUAGCAGCAGUUUUAGGAAACAAAGCGUAUGCAGCACUGAGAAGAGAACCAUCAUCAACGAAGCGGAUGGUGAUAAAAAGCAUGGAUUCUAUCUUAAUAAUGAUUUCAACCUAAUAUCAUAUCAAAAAAUGGAUCUACUCACAAAAGCAUGCCUGAGAAUGAGGCUGGAAAUGAUCGCUAAAAGUUCAUCGAAAAUUGAUGGAGCUGCCGUGAAAAUGCGGCGUUAUAACCAACGCAUCAAACUUAGGCGGCAUAUGCAGCGAUACGAUUGGAUGUUCUCAAAAGAAACAGUUCCAUGA